GUCGGAGAAAUCCCCACCCUGGGCUGGAAGAGUUCGGUGUGACGUCUGCGCCUGCGGAUGAGCCACGUGAGCUUACAAAGCCGGUUCGAUCAGAUGACCUGCCGCAGGAAGAGGCCAAGAUGGAAAGGCGGUGAAAGGGGAAAGGCGGAACAAGGAUCCUGCCUGCCGGGGUGGCACUGCCACAAUGUCCACCAGGCGGUUGCGCAGUGAAGACUACAAUGACUACAGCUCCACAGAAGCGUCUCCGGACAGUAGCCCUCCCGAGGGCUUGAGCAACUUUUCCAGCCCGUCGUCCUAUCAGCGGUUUGGAGAGGCAAACGGAACAACAUGGUUUCAAACCUUAAUACACCUUUUGAAAGGCAACAUUGGUACCGGCCUGCUGGGGCUCCCAUUGGCCAUCAAAAAUGCUGGCAUUGUGAUGGGUCCUCUCAGCUUGCUUGGGAUUGGAAUAAUUGCGGUGCACUGCAUGCAGAUCCUGGUUAAGUGUGCUCACCACUUCUGCAACAAGCAUCAGAAACGAUUUGUGGAUUAUGGCGAUGCUGUGAUGCAUGGACUGGAAGCCUGCCCCAUCGCGUGGCUUAGGGCUCACUCCAUCUGGGGAAGGUACCUGGUUGGUUUUUUCUUGAUUAUCACUCAGCUGGGGUUCUGCUGUGUAUAUUUUGUAUUCCUAGCUGACAAUCUGAGACAGGUGAUAUCUGCGGCCAAUGGCACAACCAACGACUGCAGUGCCAAUGAAACUUCGAUAUUUGCUCCAACCAUGAGCUCCCAGUUAUACAUCCUGUCCUUGUUGCCAUUUGUGAUAUUGCUCGUCUUUAUCCAGAACCUCAAGUUCCUUUCCAUUUUCUCCAUGCUGGCCAAUCUUCUCAUGCUGAGCAGCCUGAUAAUGAUAUACCAGUACAUUGUGAGGGGCAUUCCAGAUCCUUCCCAUCUGCCUCUGGUGUCCCAGUGGAAGACCUACCCUCUGUUUUUUGGCACAGCUAUCUUUGCUUUCGAAGGCAUUGGAGUGGUGCUCCCUCUGGAAAACAAGAUGAAGACCCCUCACCAUUUCCCCAUCAUCCUCUAUGUGGGAAUGGCGAUUGUCAGCACCCUCUACCUCAGCCUUGGGACCCUGGGAUAUUUGCGCUUUGGAGAAAACAUCCAGGCCAGCAUCACACUCAAUCUGCCUAACUGUUGGUUGUAUCAGUCUGUCAAGCUGCUGUACUCCAUUGGGAUCUUCUUCACUUAUGCACUACAGUUCUACGUCCCUGCAGAAAUAAUUAUUCCUACUGCCAUCGCUCAGAUCCCCGAGCGCUGGGCUUUAUGGUGCAAUCUGCUGCUGAGGGCAUCCUUGGUCUGCGUAACAUGUCUGCUAGCAAUCCUGAUUCCUCGACUGGGCAUUGUCAUCUCUCUGGUGGGCUCAAUCAGCAGCAGUGCCCUCGCCCUGAUCAUCCCACCUCUUCUGCAUAUUGCUACCUACUACUCUGACGGCAUGCAUCCCUUGACCAUUGCCAAAGAUAUCCUGAUCAGUUUCAUUGGUUUUGCCGGGUUUGUGGUGGGAACCUACGAGUCUCUCUUCGAACUCAUCGUACCAACUCCCACCGCCGUCAACGCCACCGGUGCCUUAUAAAUGACACGCUCAACCUGUGCACACCUUUCUAUUUUUCUUUGCUAUAGAAUAUCUUGUCAGCCUGGCUGGAUCCUGGUUUCCAUUGUAGCAACAGCAGUGACUUGUUGCCACUUCUUUGCUUCCCAACCGUAUUUAUUUUGCUGAUUUAAAUGCAAGCGGACAGUGGAAAAGGCAGGACUCCAACCCGCAGUCUCUGCUUCUUUAUGCACAAGUUGAUUUAAGAACCUACACAGCACAGUUAUUAGUCUUUGAUAAGAGUGGAAUAUUGUUGUCUGCUGCAGUGCGAGUCUCUCUGAUAGAAUGAUGCUGAAUAGUCUGCAGGGAUCUUGGUUUAUACAGUCUCCUCUGGAAUCUAGAGAAUUAAUAAUUCCAAUAUUGUCAAAAGGGUGACAAAGCCCUUUAAACAUCAUGUUACCAUGCCUUGGGAAGAGAACCCAAGACCCAGUGUAUGGGCUGGAGGCACAAGAUGCCACCACUUUGCUGAUGCUAAGCAGGGUUGGGUCUGGUCGGUGCCUGGAUGGUAGGCUGCCUGGAAACCACCUGGAAUGCCACCUUGGAUUCCAUGACAGAAGUAUGAUGGGAUUGAAACAAACAAGCAAA